AUCUGACCGCCGUGCCACCAGCCGCCGCCGUCGCCGCUGUCGCCGUCGUAACUAUCAGAACCGUCGUAUAAUCUCUCGCUCGAGUGUGCCACGCUACGCGAGUAACAGAUCAACGUCGGACAGAUCGAUCCGACUCGUUCGUUGACAGUAAUCGCAACCGUGUAUUUCCAAAACCGGCGCCGCUAUCUCGUGCUGUGUCGUUGGCGAAUCGACGCUGAUCAUAACACAUGAUGCGACUACCCGACAAGAAAGACAGGACGAUGCAAAGUGGUGAAUCGGUGUAGUGACCUGGCUCGGAAUCGCGAUUAUUGAUAUUGGCGAGAUAGUGUUCGUUGAUGAUUUCAACGGCGAGCAUUCUUAUGUUCGGCGUUUCGAUGACAGUUGCGAAUGACACUAGCGUGAAGACUUGUACGAGUGUUUGCAGCGAGUGCACAUCGUCGUGCAAAGGCAGCUUGAAGCAGAACGAUUGACAGUGUUGACUACAGCGCCAGUGUUUCGUGUGCUUCACGGCUGAUGGUUAUCUGACAGAAACGGUUUUAAGAUCAAGAAACAGAGAUCGCAAUGAUGCGUUUGUGAUAAAGGUGAAGAUUGUUCUUACGCAAAUAACAACGACGGUCAGGUGUUUUACGCAGAGGUGGACGAGUCGUGUAUUGAAUAAUUGAAAACUGGAGUACGCGUACCACUAUACGAUUGUGUACGAUUGUGACUGUGAGACUCAAUGGGUGCAGUGCGUUUUUAGCAGUACUAUGUGUCAUCAAGAAACCGAAGACAUUGACUAGAUUUCGUGAGAGAAUCAUGUUGACGCAAUAAAUACUACAAGGUGUGGUUCCAGUGUUGGAAUUAUUAGGAACCUGAUACAGCAUCUCCGAUUGAGAUAUCUUGAAGCGUUCUACGAACGAUGAUAGUCGACGCGGACCAUUAAGUUAUCAGCGUACGACCUUUCGUUGCGUGGACCGGUGCGAUUCUUCAUCUACAGCGAAAUCCAGCAGGUCACCACGUUGGAUCUCGCGGCGUUGGCUGCCUACGGGGCCAUUUCGGGACCCAAGAUCGCGGUGGCGGGCACCGGGGUCCUCGCGCUGCCCGGCUUGAUACCCGACAAGGGUCUAUCAUCGCCCGGAGGCCAGUCGAAGCCAAAGUCCGCAGGGCUGGCGGGUCUUGACAGCGAGGCGGUGCGCCGGUGGGUCGCGGAGGCCACGCGGACCGUCCGGCAGGUUCCGCCUUCGAUGGCUGUUCCUGCCAGUUCUCCGCAACAACAACAGCAACAUCAUCGUCAACCGCAGCAUCAUCAGCAGCAUCAUCAUUCCACCCACAGGCAGCAUCAGGAGGCUAGCCCACCGUCGGUGGGAAUCUCUCCCUUCGUUUUGCCGGCCUCGAUGACGCAGACCCCCAGUAUGCAUCUGCUGGAGAAUAACAACCUGGUCGAGGUCGCUAUGGCCCAGCAGCAGCAACAGCAGCAGUCACAGCAACAGUUGAUACAGAAGCAGAAGCAAACAAGUCCCACUAACAAUAACACCAUAGAGGCUUGGAGAUCGAUUCAAGGCGGGCAUCAAUGGUGGAGUUCGCCCGCUAGCGUUCAUCAAGAACAGCAGCAACAACCGUCGAUCGCCCAGGUUUCUCAAUCGCCGAGUCUGGUGGUCGGAUCGGUGUGUGGCCAGAUGCAGAGGCCGCAAGUGCAAUCAGAGAUCGAUCAGCCACUCGAUUUCUCCGUUGGCUCCCUACAGCAGCAGAGGCUGCAUUCGCGCGUGAGGACUAUGCACGAGAGACAUCAGGGUAGGAUGCAUGACAACAACAACGGUACGGUAAGCAGCCAGAAGAUCACCAGAGGAGACAUUAGUAGACGAAGCUACAGUCCCAGUGAAGCCAGCACCAGUAGCAGCGAAGAUGAAGGUGUCUCUACCGGUGGCAGCCCUUCGGGACCUCUUCGGGGUGCUUCGGACUCGUGCGAACCCGUUGCGGAGCGACCUUACGGUAAAGUCUGGAUCGGCGACAAUGAGGUCGCGUGGCGGACGGACCAGUCUUUCAAGAGGACAUCACCCUUAAAUCCUUGUGCCACAACGACUACCACGACGACGACAGGUGGCGGGCCACUGACACAUCCCCACCUGUCGCCACCCGUAGCUGCCUCUAUUACCACCCCCGAUCAUAGAAGCCCCAGUAGCAUGCACGCGAAGCUUGGCAUCUCACCCGGAAAAAUGCAUUCGAUGCACACGAUGUCCGCAUGGCAUUCAAGACGCCCAAAUAUCGGAGACUGCUUCGGAGGCUGA